ACCCCUAUGAAUUGGAAAUGGACAAAUAACCAUAAAAAGUUGUAGAAAAGUGCUGACACUUAGCGUGGUUGAACAAUAUCACACUUGUUGCUUUUACACAACUCCGAAUAAUUACAUCAGAGAGAUAGCUUAUUAGAUUUACCACCCCAUAGUCCUCCAAAAAUACCCUCUCACCUUCCUCUUCCAUUGUCUUCCAUACUACUUCAGUACUACCACCCAUGGAACCAUCCUCUAACCAAGAAGCCUCAUACCCUCAUGGAUUCUACGCGGCUGAAGCUGUUGAGAAUGUCAAGCACUGUUUCCAAUACAACAACAACCCAGAACAAGAGAUGAACUUCAAUGAUUUCGUAUACUUUCAUAGCCAAAACGGGAAAUUGACCUGUCAUGUUGUUGAGUACGAUAUUUUAAGGAAAAUAGUCGCGAACCCUAAACAAGAACAACACCGGAUGGACAAAAUGAUGAUGGUGAAUGAGGAAGGUCAGAUUUUCCCGGCGCACUUACCAAACAUGGCUGAUGUCGUUAACAAACCGGAAGUUCAGUCAGCAAUUUCUGAUAUAGAGAAGGGUGAAUCUGUAACGUACGAAGGUAAAACAAAAAUCAUCCCGACCUUUAUGGUGGAUAAGAUCGAUCCUAAGCCAAUUUUACCACGAACUGGCCCAAUAUAUUCCCUCCGCUUAAAUGGCUUCACCACCGAAUUUGGUAGCUACACAGAUGACGUUAUUUUCCUCCAGGUGAAAUCUCCUAUGACGGAGAUCAGUUACUCGGUUUUUAGGGAUCAAUUCAUAGAAGACAACCUGACGAGCCGGUACCAAUCUGUAAAAUUACGACCGGAAGUCGAACCUAAUAAGAGGGAAAUCAACAUUGGAGCAUCUGUUGUGCUUUGGAACGGUCGUAGGAUCAGCCGUCCAUCCUUUGUCGAGCACUUUAAAGAAAUAGUUGAUAUACAUAACCUGAUGAUUAUGAUAGUGAUAGAAGUGGGAGCUACUUCCAUCAAUUGUGAGAGGAUUCUAUCUAAACUGGACACUACUUUGUCGUGGCACUUUGAUGCGGGUGGAGGUAUUCUUAGGGGAACAAUCGUGUUUUGGGAUUCUAAUAGGGUGGAUUCCACCAUGCUAAUUGCUACCGAUGAAGAUAAUGAUAACCGUAUUAUGGGGACAUUCAAUGCAGUUCAGGUUUAAGACAAGGGGGAGGGUAUGAGCAAAGUGAAUGUUGUGUCAUGAUUGAGGAUGCUUAAGGCGUUUAUUAGUUAUUAGAAGUUCUGUAAUAGUACUCUAGUAUGUCUCUUGUGUCAUUUUUCGAACUAUGGUUGGUGAUGUUUAAUGACUAUUAUAUAGUAUUAGUACUCAAGUAAGUUUAAUGAAUGAAGGGUUUGUGUUGUGUACAUUUGAUGACAGCAUGAACUUGUAGGGUUAUGUAUGAUUGAGUUACACGCUUUCAGACAAAUAUUAUCUAUAAUAUGUAUGGUUAUGUUA